AUGGCCUGUACAGGGCUACGACCUAGCUUUCGCAGGCUUCUGCGUCAAGCUGCUCAAACCAGGGAAAUCUCGAGCUUUCUCGUUCCAGCACUCUCCCAGCGGUCUUUCUCAACUUCGAUAUCGCGGUCCUCCCGUAUUGGAAAAGAGCCCAUCACGAUUCCGCCAGAAGUGUCGCUCCAAUUUAUCGAGCUGCCGAGAUCAAAUGCACGAACGAGAAAGAUUGAUGCCGCGACCUCAGUCGUUGCGAUCAAGGGUCCAUUAGGCGAGCUGAGGGUCAAUCUUCCUCCCUAUGUCACGACCAGCCUCGUAGACUCGGACCGCAAGAUCAGUGUCAAAGUCAGCGACCCGGAAGUUAAGCAUCAGCAUGCCAUGUGGGGCACCACUCGAGCACACAUCGCAAACUCAAUAGCUGGAGUGAGUGAAGGGCACAUCUGCAUCCUGCGGAUGGUGGGCGUGGGCUACCGAGCAACAAUCGAAGAAACAGCCACGACAGUCGACCCCGAAUACGAAGGACAGAAGUUUGUGAAUCUUAAGCUAGGGUUCGCGCACCCAGUCGAGCUUGGGAUACCAAAGGGCGUGAAGGCCACUGUACCACAACCAACCAGGAUAUUACUGGAGGGAUGCGACAAGCAAGUCGUGACACAGUUCGCAGCGGAGAUCCGGGAAUGGAGGAAGCCUGAGCCAUACAAGGGCAAGGGCAUCUUCGUCAACGACGAGACGAUAAAGUUGAAGGCGAAAAAGAUCAAAUAG